AUGUCGUGUCAAAGAUCAGAUAAUGGAUAUUUCGAAAGCAAAUUAGUUGAACCUGUCUGUAAAGUUGACAACGUUGUUUUCAAGGAUAUCUGGGAUGAUGAUGUGAAAGGAGUUCGGUGGUAUUGCCGUGAUGAUCGAAAUGAAAAGCUUCAUAGUACGAGAUUCCGUACUGCGAUCUCUGCAACGAGUGUGAAUAUGUACCACGGGCUUUACUGGGAACCAUCUGCUCGAGAUGAGGACAAUUAUCCAGGUGAAGAAGCCGUUUCGUGUGCUUACAUAGACGUGGACCGUUUUCUGGCGUUUUUUAAGCCAGAAUUGGUAUCAAACCAAUCUCGAUUAGAAGUUGGAGAGUCGAAAAUGUCUAGAAACGGGACGGUUCGUGUGAAGUGUAACAAGUUCGGCGGGAAUGCUAGACGAGUUAGUGAGGCUUUCUCUGGAUGCUAUUACAAUGGAACAGUCUACAGGGCUCAGGAAAGAUGGGAUGAGCCAAAUCCAGGGAAUGACGCUCACUGUGGAAAAGCAUGUCGUGUCAAAAAUCAGAUGAUGGAUAUCUCGAAAACAAAUUGGUUGGACUUCUAUGAUGAUGAAGUGAAAGGAGUUCAAUGGGAAUGCAAUGCUGGUCGAGUUAGAAAAACUCAUACUAACAAGUUCGAUGUUUGGAGAAUUCCCAUGCUGCACCACGGGCUUUACUGGGAAUUAACUCAUCGAGAUGAGGACAACUAUCCAGAUGAGGAAGCUUUUGCGUGUGCUUACAGGGAUGUGGACUCAUAUCGGGCCUACCAAAAGCCAGAAUUGGUAUCAGACCAAUCUCGAUUAGAAGUUGGAGAGUCAAAAAUGUCUGGAAACGGAAUGGUUCGUGUGAAGUGUAGCAGGUUUGAUGGGCAUGUUAGACGAGUUAGUGAAGCAUUCUCUGGAUGCUAUUAUAAUGGAACAGUCCACCGGAUUAAUACCGAAUGGGAGGAGCCGAAUCCAGGGAAUGAUAGCUCACUGCGGAAAUUGAUGUCGUGUCAGAAAUCAGAGAAUGGAUAUUUCGAAAACAAAUUAGUUGGGUGUUUACACCACGACAUUCGCAACUCUACGGAUAUUGAUGAUUCUCUCGUGACAUGGGCAAACGCACUGCCAUAUAGACUGAACGAAGUUCAGGAUUAUUAUCUUGAUAACCAGUAUAAGAAGUGUGUUGAAAGUGAACCAGGUGUCGUGAAACUUGAGAAAGUCGCCGAGGAUGCAGAACGGGUCUGUACAAUUGACAACGUUGUAUACCACGGCUCGCAGGUGGAUUAUGUGAAAGGAGCUUGGUGGUCAUGCGAUCAGGGCAACCAAAAUGUAAAACGUACUGAGGAAUACCGAAAUUUCCAGAAGUUCUACACCAUCUCCGUCAUUGUCAAGCACAAUUGCACCAAAUGGGGAACCAUCAAGGCCGUUGAGAAGAUUCCGAAGUACUAUCCAGUUGGAGAGGGAACCGUUGAACUUAACGAUCUCGAUAUGGACUUGACAAUGGCUCGCGGAGUCUUCACCGACACCUACUUCUAA